UGAAACAAACUGAGAUGUGUCUGUGUGCCUGGCAGAGAGAGAUAGGGGUGAGACAUGGCGUCGGUUAUGUGCUACGAAGACCUGACCUGCUCUGUUUGUCUGAGCAUCUUCACGGAUCCAGUGAACCUUCCCUGUGGACACUCUUUCUGCAGACAGUGUAUCACAGACGUCCACAGCUGUCCACAGUGUCGGGCAGCUCUUUCAACAGAAGCCAAGUGUCUCCCGACCAAUGUUGUUCUGAAAAGCCUCGCUGACAAGGCCAGAGAAGCGGAGAAGAUGAAGGAAGAGGGUGGGAGUGAGAAAGCAGUGGUUCCUGACUUGUGCCCCGAACGGAGAAAGCUGAAGUUGUUCUGUGUCACAGAGCAGCAGUUAGCUUGCAUCAUAUGCAGAGAUGGGGAGAGGCAUCAAGGACACAAGUUUACAAUCAAAGAGGCAGCUGCAUCACUGAGGAAGGAGUUGGAGAUGUUUGUGCAACACACGUUAGAUGAUAUCCAUGCUAUAGAAAGCCUGGCCAACACACAGAGGAAAGAAAUAACAAAAACCAAAGAGAAGUCUGAGCAGCUGAAGACUCAAAUCAGAAGACAGUUUGAGGAGAUGCACCAGUUCCUGGGAAGGAGAGAAGAGGAGAUAAAGAAUGAGCUGAAACACAAGGAGAAAGACAGUACAGAGAAGAUGAGCCGCAGGUUAAAUGCCAUAGAAACCGCUUUGUCUGAGAGGAAAGAGAUGGAGGUCAAAGCAACCUCUAUUCUGGAGAUCUCAGACUCAGAGAAGUUUCUAAAGAGCUGGACUGAAGGCAAGAGUAUGAUGACCACAGAAGAUUUGUUCAGGCCCAGAGCGAAUGAGCUUCAAGUAGUGAACACUUCUCUCUCUUUGGGGCCUUAUGAAAGCCACCUGCAGUUCUUCAUGUGGAAGGAGAUGCUUCAGGUGAUCCAGCCCAGAGCAGAGUGGCUCUCACUCAAAAGCAACAGCACAGUUUUAUCUGUGUCUGAUGAUGGCCGAAGGUUGUUUUCUGCUCCCCAAAGCAACCAAGCUGCUUCAUUUUCUAAAUCUGGAAAAUUACAUGCUAGUUUCCAGACAGGACUUAACACCACUCCUUUCACGUUUGGCUCUGGUGCAUCUCAAGCCAAAUCUUUUGGUAUGGGCUCAUUUGGUGCCCCCGCACACGCCGGGCAGAAUGAGAACAUCUCCUCCUCCUCGUCCUCUAGCACAAACUAUGCAUACAGUGUCACUGAGUUUACUUCGGGGCAGCAUUACUGGGAGGUAGAGGUUGGAAGCAGAGACUACUGGGAGCUAGGGCUAAAAGAUAAUAGCCUGAGGUAUGAUGCGCUAAUAUAUUACAACUUGCAUCACAAUGUGGGUCUGCCACUAGCAUUUGAAGGCAGACCUCGAAAGAUUGGAGUUUACCUGAACUGCUCAUCCAAGAAACUCUCCUUCUAUGAUGCAGACAACAUGAAACAUAUCCACACUAAGAGUCUUGAUCUCACUUCCAUGCCGGUGUCAGCCUAUUUUAACAUCAGACACAAAGAACCAGAUCAUAACCCCAUUACAGUGUGCUGGUACUGAACAGAGGAAUGAUCCAGCCAGAAAUCCUUGGGAGGUAAACGAAAGAUGUUAUAAUUAGGAAUGCUUUAUUUCACAGGUUAAGGUUUUGAUCUGAUUUCCACACAACAUUGAAUACCUGCAGCUGAACACUGCAGGUAAAAAUUGAAUUAAUUGAAUAUGCAGCAUAUUCAUUUAAUGACUAUUUCCUGAUUGGAUCUUUACCAUAUAGCUGUUCAAAGUCACAAAGAAUCCAAAUGAAGAAUUUUUUAAAUAUUUUGAGUAACAUUGGUGUCAGAUUAUGUACUUCUAACCUAAUACAUACAUUUUUGAUUGCUUUAGGAGAUAAAAAUAUCCAAAAAUCUCACAAAUAAAACCACAUUACUUGGUUUAUUUAAAAAACAACAACAAGUAUUGUGAUUUACUAAAUCUAAGACAGCAUGGGGGAUGCUACAUGUAGGCCUUUACAAACCUGAAAGUUCAGAACUAUGGAACCAGAGGAACCGAUCUGAGGAACUAGACAGGAAGCCAGAAGUUCCUAGGAGGAGUAAAUAAAUAAUCUUGCUGUGCUUUUUAAAAAUGUUGUAAAGCUGUGUUUGAGCUCUGUUAAAGUGUUUGGGGUUUUUUGGGUCAGUAUUGUUGGUCUCUUGUGUGUUUAGUUGAUCAUUGUACACAUGGUGAGUGGACUGGGUGUUGCUACUGUAAUGCUGCAAUGUAUAAAAUAAUUAAACACAAUUUACCCGACAGAACAGUGCAUGCAGGUGGUGGCUUACUAAUUAGAAAUUUGAUUAUAAAGCUGUUCAUGUCUUCCAUGUAUUAAGGAAUAACUGUUUGCAGACAUGUCUAAAGAUUCAAUCACUUGUAUGUUCAGUUAUAAAAUAAAUCCUGCUAACAUGGUAGCAGCAUUCUGGGUGAAGAAUGUAA